AGAGGUGGGAUAGAAAGGAGACAAGGAGAGGUACUUGCUGCAGGAGCGAGUAGUUACGAAAGGAAGAAGGAAAAGAAAAGGGAACGACUAUACAGACAUUUAGUUGCCAGGAGAGAGCGCCGUUGGUGUAAGUGGAAAGUGCCGAUGGAGUCGUGGUACGGUCGGGAGACAUCUACGAUCGAUAAAGGCUUCAACACGGAACCAUUUGCGAAAGAAAUCAUAAUUGAAAAUUCGUCUCUCGUGCACUGACUUCGCGCGCAUUUAGACAAUAUUGACACGUGCCGAUAUCGUCCGAUCGAUCGUUUUAUCUUUUAAACGUUUUUGUUAGAAGCGAUUAGUGUCGGAUACGGAUUUUAAAACGCCAUGUACCAUAAUGACCAAUCAGCUGCUUGGUAAACCAUCGUGAGACCUCGAAUCUGUCCACAGACGAAUGACAACAAAAGAGACUGAUAGAAGUCGCGCGCGCGAGAGAAAGAGAGAGAGAAAGACAGAGUGCGUUUUUUCACGACUUCCCGGAGGAUUUCUGGUUUUUUCCGUUCUGUUACACGCCGCGAAUAACGUCGCCUUGGUAGUGGUGAAAGUGUCGAAGAAUAUGAAGAGAAGAAAUGUCGAGUGCGGUAAGCUUCGGAGGCCCUUGAAACGUAACAAGCUCACCGAGGGGAUUUACGGAAGGUAAAUUUUCGCCGCCAUAUGCGUCUACAUUGGAAUGGCCGUUCUUAAAAAUAACCAAAAAUCUGAUCACCAUAUCUGUGAGAGAACGUAUGCAAACUUCUCGUCCUAAAACUACUGCUAAAUAUUUUAUCGGUGAAAUGCGUUUAUCCAUCAACCCUGCUGGACGGUGAUUCUGGAUUUGCGCUCGCUUUGGGAACCUUCUGUGUUACACGGCUUAUCAUUUAACAAAACUUCAACCAUGUGUUCUUGUUUUUCCAGUAUAAAACGAUUUUAAAGUGUAGUGCUACUUCUUAGUACUUUGCUUUAUCUGAAGUUCCUUCUACUAUGGGCCAUGGUGAUUUUAGCAGAUUUCAUUUUAGAAUUCCGCUUUGAAUUUUUAUGGCCUUUUUGGCUUCUCCUCCGAAGUGUUUACGAUUCUUUUAAAUACCAAGGCUUGGCCUUCUCUGUGUUUUUUAUUUGUAUUGCACUUACAUCAGAUAUGAUUUGCUUUUUUUUCAUCCCUGUGCAUUGGCUGUUUUUUGCUGCCAGCACUUAUGUUUGGGUGCAGUAUGUUUGGCACACAGAUAAAGGAGUGUGUUUACCAACUGUGAUGCUGUGGCUAUUAUUUCUGUAUAUAGAAGCAGCAGUUCGGUUAAGAGAUUUGCGGCAUAUGCCAUUUCAUUUGGAUCUCUGUCGGCCAUUUGCAGCACAUUGCAUUGGCUAUCCUGUAGUUACAUUAGGUUUUGGUUUUAAGAGUUAUGUUGGCUAUAGAAUGAGACAGAGAAAACAAAAAGAUGUUGCAAAGGAAAAUGAGUUCUACCUGCAGUUGUUACAGCAGGCUCUUCCUGUAGAACAGCAGACAGCAAGUCUGCAGCAAAUUCAGUCACAAGUACAGCAUGUUAAUGCAUCAUUAGAGCAACAUACAAAAGCACAAUCACAAAGAUUAAAUUCACAAUAUAAUCCAAGUCCUGAAAAAAGCAAAGGAAACAAUACUUCUGUUGAAGCAAAUGUACAAAAUGGUGGAUUGCAAAAUGGUACACAGUUUAUGUUACAGACACAAAGUACCACUAUAAAAAGUAAUCAUAGAAAAUCUUUAGACAAAGGUGAGAAACAAGAAGACCAACACAAUAAACAUACCAUAACAAAUGUAUCACAGUCUGAUAAAAGUGAUAAGAGAUUUAUACACAUAAAUGGAUCUACAGUAUCCCACAAUGAUGUGCAGUUUAUUGAAAGAGUCGGAUCAGUGAAUGAUUUUGAUGUAAAUGAAAUUGACAAAGACAAGACAGUUAAAGGUGGAGCUUAUGGUCACACGAAUGUAAGAUCACAGUCUAAUGGAUCGGUAACAGGAAAGUGGAAUAAUGUAAAAGAAAACCGAGAUGCAUCUUCGACUGUUAAUGUUCAACGUGAACGUAAUACUCGUAAAAUCAAAAGUGCCACUGAUACUACAACUGAGCAACAGAAGCAACAGGAUGAAUAUUGCCAGAGGUUACUGGUGUGUCGCAGGCUCGAGGCAGAUAUUAAACGCCUGAAGUCAGAUUUACAAUCAAGUCGACAAGUGGAACAAGAGCUACGAUCGCAAAUUAAUACCCUGAUAAACGGAGAACGCCAGGCAAAAGGAGAUAUUCAACAACUUCAACAUGAUAAUGAUCAAUUACAAAGCAAAUUGCAUGGAUUGGUAACAGCUCGACAACUAGAUAAACAAACAAUGUCGUCACUAGAAAAGCGGAUUGCAGAAGAACGAAAACAACGCACUGCUUGUGAGGCAUCCUUAGUUUCAGAAAGACGGGCGAGGAGAGCUGCAGAGGAGGCACGUUCUGCAAUUCCACCACCUCCACCUCCACUCGUUAGACAAGAAUGUACAGAUGCAUGUAAGAAUAAAAGAGUGCAAAUGGAACAAGAUCUUAAAAAUCUUCGGCGAGAAGUUAAAACAAAAGAAGAACGAUGUAAUGCACUAGAAAAAGAUGCAAAUCGUUGUAAAGAAAAUCAAAGAGAGUCUGAGAUUUUACUUGGAGCACUGAACGAAUUACAAGAAAAAACUAGACAUUUGGAAAACAGUUUGAGUGCAGAAACACGAAUAAAACUAGAUUUGUUUUCAGCACUUGGAGAAGCAAAACGUCAGUUAGAAAUCAGAGAAAGUUUAAUAAGAUCUCAAGAAAAAGAAAUCGAAAUGCUCAAAGCAAAGAUCGCUCAGGACUUAGCUGUGAUGCCACAAGAUACAUUUGGUUCUGCACCAACUUGUGCAACGUCCAAACUUCGGUUAAAUAGUGAAGUACGAGUAACAGGAACAAAAAUACGUACGAACGAAAGCAGUUGUCCAGGUUGUACUGUGUCAAAUUUGGAUCCAAAUGCAACAGCAUACACGCCUAAGAGCUCCUUGGUAGCAUCUACUGAAGCUUAAAAACACAAUUUUCUUGUUACAUCAAAGCCUACCAAUAGUAGGAUAAAAGCAUGUUUCUAUUUUGUUUCUUCAUGGAAAAUAUCUUUUUUUGUUGAGUUUUUCAUAUAAUAGUAAAUAUUAUAUAUCAAAUGUAUUCACAGUAAUACAAAAAGUGACUGCAAAAUUAUGAGUACUCCAUAUUCUAUAAACUUUUUUGUUAAACUUUUUGUAAUGCAAAUAUUUGUAUUUUUUUUUGUAAUAGUUCAGUUAUAAAAGAAUUUGUUAAAUUUCGCAAGUAGAUAUUUUUUUUCAUGCCUUCCAUGAGAAGCUUCAGAAACAUGUUUUAUGUCAUAUUAUCAUCAAGAAAAAUGUGGCGUUAUUUACAUUACUAAUGAUCAUAGGGCAUAACGGACACUGGAUAUAUGAAUGUUGAAAAUCCAGUGAUAUCUUAACGUGUAACUCUUAUGCUGUAGAUUGAUCUUGCAAAUAUCAUGGCUUGAAUUGUUUAUUAAUUAUUAUUGAAAUAUAUAUAUAUAUAUUAAUUAUUAUUGAAAUGUUUAUACAUAAUAUAUUAAAUCGUGAUAUGGAAAGAUAGAAUUAAAACUAAUAUUUCAAGGAUCUUUAUUUAUUAUAAAAAUUUACAUCAACGCUUAUUGACAAGUUUUUAUUUAAAUUUUUUUUUCUGAUAAAUUAACUCUCAAAUAAAGAUGAUUUUUCAUCGAUGUUGAAACUAAAUUUUAUUAUAAGAUUAUGAAAGUUGAUAUUAAAUAUUCAUAGGAAAUUAAAUUAAUAAAUUUUUAUAGGUUUAAUACAGAUUUAAAAUGUAUACUGUAAAUGUAUAUUGAAUAUACUGUAAAAAGAUAUUUCUUAAGAUAAUUUAAAUUUUUAAAUCUUUAUUGGAAUGUAACAGUUACAAGUUUGGUGUCUGCAAGCAAUCUUUCUACAACAUAUGCCUAUGACGACUUGUUGGUGACAUAAAUUCAUAUGCAAGUCGUAUUCCGAAGCUAGUCCACUAUACAAACUGUAUUUAAUGUCAUCGGCGAAUGAAGCCAUUUUAAGUUAUGUGAUCAUCAUUUGAAGAGUACCCAUUAACAUGCAAGAAGAAAGGUUUAUUAUGUAUCAUCAAAGUAAACGACAAGAGGCAUCAAAUUUACUUUAGGCAACCUUGUCUGUUUCGAUACUCAUUUUUGUAAGUUUUAUGUAAUUUUUCAAUAUCUUUAUUUUUAGUUAAAUUUUUUACGUAUUGGCUUUCAAACGGUACAAAGUAGGUGUAUUUUGUAAUAGGCCAACAAAAGGUAUAAAAAUUAUAAUGUAAUAAAAGUAGACACUUAUAAACAUUUUAAAUUAAGAUUAAAUAAUGAUUUAUCAUCUAACAAAAAAAUGAAAUUGCUCUCUGUUAAUCUUCGUACAUUUUGUGAGCUAUUAAGACGUUGUUUAUGUAAUGCCAAUUUAAAUUAGAAUUUGUAUAUGAAUUUAUUACGUGCAAAAAAGUAGAUAAGUAAUUGGAGUUUAUCUGACAUAGUUAUUUUUUUAUAUCUUCUUUUAGUUUUUUCCAUAUCCACUCAGCAAUAAUGACCCAAUUAUCGAGACUGUCUUAAGAAUUGUCUUAAGGAUCAAAAUAACAGAUAAAUAAUUCUUUGAUAUCGUUCAAUGUAGUUUUGAGGUAAACAAGCAAAAUCUUUUAUAUUUCCUCAGAAAUAUUUCAAGUUAUUGAAUUAGAUGUAAAGGUAGAUGGUACAUAAUGUUAAUGUGAUAUAUGUUAUUUUUUGCGCAAUUAUUAUGUUACACUAGUGUCUGAUUCAUCAACAAUGUUAAAGGAAUAUACUAAUUUAUUCCUAUUUUUUUUUUCUUUUGUAAAAUGGUGCUUCAAAAAAUUAUAUUAUAUCCUUAUUAUUAGAUUUUACAUUUUUGGUUUCCACUAGUGCAUGAUAUAAUUUAUUAGAAAAUAUUUAUAUUCUAGAGAAUUAUAAAUGUGAUGGCAUUACGUAUGUGAUAAUAUCAGUAGUUAUAAAUUUCAUUUCAUUCAAUAUUUCCUACCCGCGAGAAAGCCAGUACCUAUAUUGUUAUUUAAACAAAUCAAAUCAUUAAACAUCAUGAGACCAUUUUUCCAUAAUUGUAUAUACGAACCACUGUCAUGGCAAUGAACUCGUUAACACUUGUGUAGUGGAUCAUGACCAACUAGUCAGACAAAAGAUAUUUUACAAGCACAAAUAUUACAAAUACCUAAUAUUUGUUAAAGUUUGUCUCAUGCAAAAAAGUAACAUAAGCCAUUAAUUCUUUUCUGUUGUACUUUAUUCAUUAUAUAUUUGAAUAAUAAGUUACCAGUGGUCUUUAUUUCCUGGACGAUCCACUUAAUGGAUUAUGAAACAAAUUUCAUAUUAAUGCACAAUCUGUAAUAAAGUUUCAAUUUUUUGGAACUAAUUUUUUGAACUUUUUGAUCUUACGUUUUCUAAAGAUUGUAUAAACGCUUUCCAAAGUUUAAUGGUUUGUAAUAAUAUUUUUACAUUCUGAUAUUAUUGCAACAGCUAUUAUGAAAGUAUAUAGACCUGAACCCAAUGUGAUUAAAAAAGAAAUUACAUUUUACUUUUUUUUAUUAUACGUUCUAUUGUUUUUGUUUUCUAAUAGAAUAUGUCGAGUGUUAAAGAAAUUACACCUACCUUGCUCUUAUGAACUAUUACAGACUUCCAUCUUCACAUUUAUGUGUAAAUACGUAAUUGGAUAAUGUGAUGAAAAAAAUGUAUAUAAUUAAUUGAUAAAGGAAGUUCUGGUAUAUUUAGAGCAAAUUAUUGAAGCUAUAGGGCAUUUGCGUGUCUUGGUCAAAUUGUUAUACAAGGUUGUAAGUUUAACUUAUUAUGGCAAUGAAAUCUUUUUUCUUCUUUUUCUCUCCUACUAUGCGUGCAAAUAAGUUAUAAAUUGAUAUAUACAUAUCUAAUGUUAUAAUUAUAUAAUGGAAUGGAUAUUUAUUUUUUAGAUGAAUUACAAUUUCAUAUGCAAUGUACCUGAUAAAGGGUGUACUGCAAUAUCUUUGGUUAAUAUAUUUAUCCUUCAUUUCAUUUUGACUGAAGGUUGGCACAGAAUCAUUAUUUGUACUAUUUAUAUGAGCAAUAUCCUUAAUAUUGAAUUGUUGUGAUAUAUGUAUAUGCUUAUAUGUACAUGCAAAAGAAAGACAAAUUUUAAAGUAUGUUGUACACAUCAUUUUUUGUGCAUAUACACAUGUUAGCAUAAGUAAUAUGAUAAUAUUUCUACUUAUCAUUAAAAAACGAAUAAUUAACUAAUUAGUUAAUUAAUGAGGAUAGUAGGGCUAAUUUUUGUAUUUGACUGAUAUAUGGAUUUCAUAUACUAUGAAAUAAUUAGAAGCAUAAGUACUUAACAUUAUCUUCUGCAGUUUAAUAUUCUGUUCUUCUUUGGAGAUGAAAGAACCAGAUGAGCACAAAUUUAGAUAUCUGUAUUUACGUCUCUUCCCGAGUAUUAUGUAUAUCUUGCAAAAUUGUAAAGCCAUAUGAUACAAUAUUUCGUUAAUAAGGACAAUAAAGUGCUUCUGUUCUAUAAGACUUUCAAGAAAUUUUAUUGAAGUUCAAGAUUAUCAUGAAAAAUAAUUACUUUAUAAAACUAAUAUUUUAAAUGCUUCCAAUAUUUCACACUAUGUACUUAUUCAUACUUUUAUUUAGCAUUAAGUUAGCGUGAACAUAAGCACUAUGUAUUUGGUACAAAACAAUUAUUGAUCUCACGAUAUAAUUAGCAUGCACGCAAAUGCCCUUUACAAAGAAUUUGACGUCAAUGUAUUUAUUAACAUUUAUUAAAAAAUCUUAUUAAUAAUUUUGGGUUGAAAAUCAUACAAAUAUGUUAUAUUUGACUUUGUUUUCAUGGUGAAAAUCAAAUAUGUACUUUUCCCAUUUUUUAAUAUACAAAAAUAUCUGUUAUUACUAAGAGUUUAUAUUUCCUUUUUUAUCAUUAUCUUUUGAACUAUCUUAUUCCAUCUAUUUUAAAUGUACUUCCUGUAAAUUAAACCUAAUUCUUUUUAAAUUUGGAAUAUAUAUCAAUCAAGAAAAAAGAAGAGCAUGAAUCAAGUUACAUAAAUGUACAACUAUAGAUUCCAAAAUGUUUCACGGAAAUUAAGUAUUUAUUCAUUUUGUUUAAGAGUUCUCUUUCUAUAAAAAUUACAAAGAACUUAAAUUUAUUGUAAUUAUAUUAGUGUACUGUCAAAAAUAUGAAAAAAUGGUAGACAUUUAUUGAAUCUUUAAAUGUAUUUUAUUAUUUUUAGGUGUAAUAUCUAACUACACUCGAAAAUAUUGUUUCAUUAAUGCUACAUUUUAGAGUACCAAUGCAUACUGCAAUUUCAUAACGUUUCUGUAUCUUGAAAAUAUUUGUAAAAUGGUUGAUAUUAAAUAGUGAAAAAUCUUCAUUGUGUACCAUGUACCAUUAUCUGUUUAAUAGGAAUAUUUAUUGAAAUAAAAAUUAUAACAUGGUAUCAUACAUGAUUCAUGCAGCAUCAAUGCUGGAUUAAUCUAAAGUAUGUUUAUCUCUUAAAGUAUCAUAAUUUUUUUCGGGUACUAAUAAGCCCAAUAUGCGUACGUACAUGUAACUAUGCAAAGUAAACAUAUGAAAAGUUUACAUGUUACUCUCAAAACUGUUAAAUCAUAUAGUCAUACAAAAUGACGAGCAUUUAUAUCGAAUAUGAAGAGCCACUAAUUUUAUUAUGUCAUAAAAAAAAAUUCUCUGAGAAAUAUAAAAUUAACAAAUAUAAAACUA